GUUGUGCGCCAUAUUGGCAGUCUCCUCCAUCUCCCAACAAGCCUUGAGCAUGCAACAUUCAAACCGGUUGGGGAAGAGAAUACAAUAAUUUUUUAUAUCCAGAACGCGAGCUGAUUUUAAUCGCCAUGGAGGCUGUGAAGUCUUUUAACAAUGAGCUGUACUCGCUCAAUGAGUACAAGCCUCCGAUCUCCAAGGCAAAGAUGACCAAUAUCACCAAGUCUGGAAUCAAAGCUAUAAAAUUUUACAAGCAUGUUGUGCAGAGCGUGGAGAAGUUCGUACAGAAGUGCAAACCAGAAUACAAGGUGCCCGGGCUGUACGUUAUCGACUCCAUUGUCAGACAGUCGCGGCACCAGUUUGGCAUGGAGAAGGACGUGUUCGCCCCGCGCUUCAGCAAGAACAUCAUCGGCACCUUCCAGCACCUUUACCGCUGUCCCUCGGAUGACAAGAGUAAGAUAGUGCGAGUCCUCAACCUGUGGCAGAAGAAUGCCGUGUUCAAGAGCGACAUCAUCCAGCCCCUGUUGGACAUGGCGGCAGGGCUUCCCCCGCCCAGCGUCACCCCGGUCAUGGCCAGCAGCACGGCGCCGGCCAACAACGCCACACCCGGUACCCCAGCCACCCCGGCCACCCCCGCCAACAUAGUCCAGGGUCUGCCGGACUGGGCCUCUCAGAUCUCCAACACAGACACCGUGGCUGCCGUCGCCCAGAUCCUCCAGAGUCCCCAGGGACAACAGCUGCAGCAGCUGGUGCAGAGUCUGCAGAUGCAGCAGCAGAAGCCCCAGCCGUCCCUGCUGCAGGCGCUUGACGCGGGCCUGGUGGUCCAGCUGCAGGCGCUCACGGCCCAGCUCACGGCCGCCGCCACCGCCAACAGCCUCAACCCCCUGGAGCAGAGGGUGACUUCUUUUAACAAGAAACUUUUGGGCCAGUUCGACUUUGGGAAUGACUCGGACCGCAGUGAAGAUUCCAAAAAGGACACUUCAUCUCAGAUGCCCAUGGUGUCGGACUCCAUCAACAACUCCCUGUUCCAUCAGCUGGCCGAGCAGCUGCAGCAGCAGAAUCUGGAGCAGUUCCAGAAACAGCUAAUGGAGCACCAGCAGAAGUCCAUGAGCAUGGAGCCGCAGGACUCCAUCUUUGGGCCGGAGAACCCGGUGCCUUCUGUCCAGAGCACUAGCCAGCCACAGCUCCCCGAGGCAGAGAAACUAGACGACUCCAUGGACAACCAGCAACAGGACAUGGACAUGGAUCUGGACGAGGGCCCAGAUGGAAUGGAGGAGGAGCUCUUUGAGACGGAAGAGAAGAAGGCUGCGAGCACUCGCUCCAGGACGCGCUCCCGGUCACGUUCCAGGUCUCCAAAGAGGAGGCGCUCUCGCUCACGCUCCGGCUCUCGGAAACGGAAGCACCGCAAGCGCUCGCGGUCGCGCUCCAGGGACCGCAAGAGGAAGUCGUCUCGCUCCUACUCCAGCGAGAGACGCGCCCGCGAGCGGGAAAAAGAGAGGCAGAAGAAGGGCCUUCCCCCGAUACGCUCCAGGACCCUCAGCGUGUGCAGCACGACUCUGUGGGUUGGCCAAGUGGACAAGAAGGCCACUCAGCAAGACCUGACCAACCUGUUUGAGGAGUUUGGCCAAAUCGAGUCCAUCAACAUGAUCCCCCCCAGAGGCUGUGCCUACAUCUGCAUGGUCCACCGGCAGGACGCCUACCGCGCCCGCCAGAAGCUCAGCACCGGCUCCUUUAAGAUCGGCUCCAAGGUCAUCAAGAUUGCCUGGGCUCUGAACAAAGGCGUGAAGCAGGAGUACAAGCAGUUCUGGGACGUGGACCUGGGGGUCACCUACAUACCCUGGGAGAAGGUGAAGCUGGACGACCUGGACGACUUCGCAGAGGGCGGCAUAAUCGACCAGGAGACGGUCAACGAUGAGUGGGAGGCGGCCAAGAACGCGGAGCCUGUCAAGGAGCCCCCGAGCCAGGCAGUGAGUGUGGAGCCUGUGGCUGCUCCGAUCCAAACCCACGCCGAGACCUACACCCAACAGGUCACCAUGAUGCCUGUUCAGCUGCCAGUGCCCCAAGCUGUUUCCAGUGCAGUGGGCAUGGUGCCUCCAUCCUUCCCAGUCUCCAUGGGGAUGCCGCCACCUGGCUAUGGACCCCCACCACCCUUCAUCCGAGCGGGCUUCAAUGCAUCUCAGCCUCCCCCAGGCUUCAUGACUGGAGCUCAGACACCAGGCAUGUCCUCAAAUACAUUGCAGUCGUCGAUGACCUCCGGCCAGGAUAAUGUCAAGGACUCUCUGUAUGGAGGCAUGAUCCCCCCCACCAGCAACAUCUCCGGCAGCUACAUGCCCCCGGGCCUCCCCGGUACGGGCGUCUUCAACCCUCUGGGGGUCCCUCAACACAGUGCCAACGACAAAGGACAUCAGUCGGCUGACGCCAUGGAGUCCGCAGCAGAACUCGCCCUGCAAGGCAUGCAGAACGCGGUGCGCAGCGGAAUGGGUUUGUUGGGCAUGCACCCGGGCACCCCCCUGGGCCACCCCCUGCACCCCGCGGGCCUGUCCGGACAGCGGAUGCCCGGCCUGCUCCCCAUGGACAUGCGUCCCAACCUCCUGCAGCCCGGGGCGGCCGCCCGCUUCCCCCUGCUGCUGCAGCAGAGCCUGAACCAGCAGGCCAGCAGCCUCCUGGAGGCCUCCCUCCAGGCCCAGGCCCGCGCCAGGGCCCCCUUCGCUCAGAUGGACCCCUUCGGCAGGGGCCUCAACCCGCCCAGCGACGGCCUGCCCAAGGCCGAGGAGAAGUCCGGGGCUGACGAGGGCAAGGACCAGGACUACCGCUUCCCCCCGCCGGAGAAGCAGAGCACCGGCCUCCUGAGGACCCCUCCCCCGGAGCAGCGCGACGGCCCGGGCAGCGGCGCCGGAGGGGGGGGCGGCGGUGGGAGCGGAGGCCAGGGACCAGGGGGACCCAGGCCCGCCCUGCUCCAGACCCCAGGGACCCCGGGCCCCAGGUCCAGCCUGGUGGGCCGCCUGCAGGCCCUUGCGGGCUUCACCCCAGACAGCCGCUGGGGCCAGACCAGAGGGGACUUUGACGAGCGUGACAGCAUGCGGGGUCCCCCCCCGCAGGCCCUGGGAGGCCCGCCGGCCCCCGGAGGGCCCAAGGGCUUCCCAGAGGAACGUCCGAGCCCGGGCCAGAACUUCCCCAGCCGCUUCGAGGGCCGCCCCAGUACACCGGCGGCGGCCGCUGGCUCCGCCGGGAACUCCGGGUCGGCGGGCGCCGCCCAGCCCUGGAGCCGCGGAGCCGCCGUCGCCCCCCCGGCAGCGGCCGCGCCCUUCGAGAGCGACCUUCACCAGGACCUGGACGAACGCCGGCGCCCGUGGGACCGGCAGCGUGACCGAGACGAGAGAGACUUCGACUUCAGGAGGGAGGUGAACGGGAACCGCCACGGCCGCGACAGAGAUCGGGAGCGGGACCGGGACAGGGAGAGAGACACCAGAGACACCCGAGAGAGAGACACCAGAGACCGGGGCCGCGAGCGCCCCAGGGAGCGCGAGCGGGACCGGGACAAAGAGAGGGAGCGUGAGCGCGGGGGGUGGACGCCUCUCUUGCCCCUGCCGACGCCACUGCUCCCCACCCCGUCCCUCAACCCCAACCUGGCCCUGAACCAGGGCAAGAUGCUGGCACCCCUCAAACUCAACCCCCAGCUCCAGACCAGGUUCCAGUCCAUGCUCCUUCCCCAGACUCCUGGCAAGCUGCCCCUGCCCCCGCAGCUCAACCCCUCACUGCUCGGGAGUCCCCCCAAGACACCCCCUCCGGCACUGAGCCGGGGCGCCCUGGCCGCACCCCGGGCUGACAGCCCCAGCCCACCUCAGACUCUCUGCCAGGCCAAGUCCCCCGCCCCGGCCCGGUCCCCUCCCCUGGCCCGGUCCCCUUCCCCUCCCCCAGCCCAUUCCCCAGCCCCAGCCCAUUCCCCAGCCCCCGCCCAUUCCCCACCUCAAGCCCAGUCCCCCGCCCCAGCCCAGUCCCCCCCUCCAGCCCAGUCGCCAGCAGAGACCAAGGCCCUGAGCCCGGCCACCGAGGCAGCGCCAGUGUCCCCUAGGCCUGUGACCCCUCAGCCCCAGACCCCUCCGUCUCUACGGUCCCCUACUCCGGAUGCGGUCCAGUCGCCCCCGGAGCGAGCGGCCUCCCCUCAGGUAGACUCGCCCCCAGAGGCGUCCUCCCCGCUCGCCAUCUCGCCGUACCACUCCCCGGCCGCCUGCCUACCAGCCCCCGGCUCCCCUGGUCAGAGCCCCGACUCUCUGGAGGAGCAGGACGAGCCCGGCAGCCCGCCGGCGUCGCCCCCGGGGAGAGCCUCCCCGCCCCAGGCCCGCUGGGCCAACGGGCUCGCCAUGGACCCCUUCUGCGUGGCCGACCCCACGCCCGAGGCGUCCCCCGACAUCUCGCACCAGGGGGCGCCAUCCCCUUCCCUGUCCCACUCCCCCAACCUCGUCAUCUCCCCAGGCGGCCCGCGAUCCAGCCCCGAGGACGCCCCCAGCGACCCGGAGGACGACGACGCCGAGGAGGAAGCGCCGACACCACCGCCGCCGGCACAGCAGCAGAAGGGGCCGCUGGCCUCCCCUCAGCACGUAGACAAUGAACAGAGUGAUGCGGUGGAGGGAGCUGCGAGUCAGCCAGUGCUAGACACUGACACAGACACUGAGGGGACAUAAUCAUCACUCAGUAGGUAAAAGAUCAUUUUGUAAAGUUGUCUCUUCUUCUCUGCACUCAUGUCCAGCAAACCACCCCCCCCACCCCCAACCCCCCUCGCCACACGGGACAUGGCGGGGGCACGGCACACAUCCGUUGUCGUAUCGAGAAACGAUAACAAUAACAAUAUUCUAUCUCUCACAAAUACCUGUGUUUUUAAGUAGACGGCACGCUAUUUUAAUGGGAGAUCAUUUUGUAUUUUAUGCUCCUCCCUUCCCCCCCCUCCCCUCCCCAUCUUUUUUAAGUUGUAUUGCCACCACAUUCAUUUUUAGUAAUCAACCAUUGAUGAAUUUUAAUCAUUUUUCAGCCCAAAUGUUUCAAUUGUAAUUGGGGCGGCGGCAGUUUGGCCUUCCUAUGGAAGAAAGUAAGUAACCCUGGCUUUGGAUUGAAUUCAGUCCAACCACGAUACUUGAAACCACACUGGCUGCCCCCCGUUUUCCCCCUGCUCUUCUUUUUUAAUAACACUGCUGCAAGGUUUUAAAUGAGUGCUUUGUGUGCUGCCCUAUAAUGCUUCCUGUUUCCAAAGCCAAACCAAUAGCCUACAUUCAGUGAUACUGGUACAGCUGCUUUUGAACCGGGGGGAGGGGGAACAAAUACACUUAAAAAGAUGGAAGCCGAUGAUCGUUGUGUCUCCCGCAGCUACAAAUAAAUGUCUUUGAUUUGUUUCAUAUACUUCACCGGAUUUUAAAAAGCAUAAACCGAACGUGCCCCGUUGGAGGAAAGACAUGGGGACAUGGAUCUCUGGGGGGGGGGGGGGGGGGGGGUUGUGGAUGUUGGGUGCAUAUUGUUUUAGUUUGAAAUAAACCUGCUUUGUUUGUUUAAACACUUGCUUUAGGACUGUAUUUUCUGACCCAGGACCAGUGGAAAACUAAGACCCACUUAACAGACUCUCAGUGUUUUGAUUUGUCCUUCACUGUUUCGAACAACCCUUGAUUAUUUGCCGUUUCUGUUGUUGUUGUUGCUCAAAUCGCUGCUUGAUCCUCCAUCCACAAGGCUUGGAUGAAACCACGGGAUAUAGUGCUUAGUUUCAAACCCCUCUGGCUUGUUCAUCCCCCGCCCCGCUCUCUUUCUCUGGGGACGGGGCUGUGCCUUUCAUUUGUUUUUGUGUGGAGUUGUAGUGUUCAUGAUGAAGCCGCCACAGAACUGCUGCGUGAUAUUUAACUGUUCCAGACCACAGUGUGGACAGACACACCACUGCCCCCUGUCACGUCCCCAUCCCUGUCCCCCUCAAAACAACCGGUGUGAACCGUAGCCAUUUGUACAGCACUAUCCUGUAGUAGAGAACAAGACCGCCUAUACUCCAUAGCUCUGUGCAUGCAGGCCUGCAGCCAUGUUUUUAAAAAGCCUUUCUGUCUCCUGAACAUUUCACACCGCGAGCUGGUCUUCUGUUUACCCGCUGCGGGCAAACCCUAGUCUGCUGUCCUGUUAGACCAAAUGAUCACUACAGGAGAUGUAUUGUUGAAUAAAGUAUAAAGGUGCAAUCGGGA